CGCCCGCCCGCCCGCUGGUGUUUUCGACAAGAUGGCGUCCGGCGGUGCAGCGAGGAACGGCAGCCUCCCUCAGCCCUCGCCGCACAAAACCGGGUCGGCCAGGAUCGGCUACUACGAGAUCGAGAGGACCAUCGGCAAGGGCAACUUCGCCGUGGUCAAGCUGGCCACCCACAUCGUCACCAAGGCUAAAGUUGCUAUAAAGAUAGUAGAUAAGACACAGCUGGAAGAGGAAAAUCUGAAGAAGAUCUUCAGAGAAGUUCAAAUCAUGAAAAUGUUAAGGCACCCUCACAUAAUUAGGUUGUAUCAGGUUAUGGAGACGGAAAGAAUGAUUUAUUUGGUGACAGAGUAUGCAAGUGGCGGAGAGAUAUUUGAUCACCUUGUGGCCCAUGGACGAAUGGCAGAGAAGGAAGCCCGAAAGAAAUUCAAGCAAAUUGUUGCAGCUGUCCAUUUUUGUCACUGUCGAAAUAUUGUACAUAGAGACCUGAAAGCUGAAAACCUACUCCUGGAUGCUAACCUUAACAUAAAGAUUGCAGACUUUGGAUUCAGUAACAUCUUUACACCAGGACAGUUGCUGAAAACAUGGUGUGGGAGUCCACCGUAUGCAGCUCCUGAACUAUUUGAAGGAAAAGAAUAUGAUGGCCCCAAAGUGGAUAUUUGGAGCUUGGGGGUGGUGUUAUACGUGCUGGUGUGUGGAGCCCUACCGUUUGAUGGCAACACACUGCAGAACUUGCGGGCCAGGGUACUAAGUGGCAAAUUUCGAAUUCCAUUCUUUAUGUCUACAGAAUGUGAACACUUGAUUCGACAUAUGCUUGUGCUAGACCCAAGCAAACGCCUAUCUGUGGAACAAAUCUGCAAACAUAAAUGGAUGAAAAUAGGUGACCCUGAUCCAGAGUUUGACCGGUUAAUAACAGAAUCCAAACAAGUCAAAGUAGAAAUCAAGACAGAGCCUCUGAAUGAGCAGGUACUCAUGUACAUGACGGAAUUGGGUUUGGAAAGAGAACGCACACUACAGUCAUUGAAAGCAGAUGCCUAUGAUCCCUUUAGUGCAAUUUACAGUCUGCUGUGCGACAAGCUAAAGCGGCAUAAGACAUUGCGCAUCUCUGCACCGCCAAGUGUUCCUCGCUCUAUGCCCUUUCAGUCGCCUGCUAAUGUCCAGGCUGAGCAGACGGGUAACACAUUGAGCCUAAAUGUGCCACAGGUACAGCUCAUCAAUCCAGAGAACCAGAUAGUGCAGACUGAUGGUAACAUGAAUCUAGAUAGUGAUGAAGGUGAAGAGCCAUCACCAGAAGCAUUGGCACGAUAUCUCUCCAUGAGAAGACAUACUGUUGGCGUUGCUGACCCCAGAACUGAAGUUCCAGAAGAUCUGCAGAAAUGCCACCUGCCUGGUUUUCCACGUACCGUGCCUCAGGCUCCUUUCCUGCAAGUUGUUCCAAAUGUUAAUUUAAUGCAGAACAUGCUUCCCACGCAGAAUUUACAGCCAGCCACACAGCUGGAAUACAAGGAACAAUCCUUACUUCAACCUCCAACUCUACAAUUGCUAAAUGGUAUGGGACCUCUCGGUCGCCGUGCUUCUGAUGGUGGAGCCAACAUCCAGUUGCAUGCCCAGCAGUUACUAAAACGUCCAAGAGGCCCUUCACCUUUGGUCACCAUGAAUCCACAUGCUGUGCCAGUCGUGACACCAGUGGAUGAGGAGGGCUCAGAUGGUGAGCCAGACCAGGAAGCUGUGGAAAGGUAUCUGGCUAACAGGUCUAAACGCCACACUCUCGCAAUGACCAAUCCUACAGCUGAGGUUCCCCUAGAUUUGCAGAGGCAGCUGGGACAGCAGCAGGCAAUCCGUUCACGGGCCUGGGUUCCUCACCCUGAGCAGCACAGCCGUGUUUGCUACAAAGACCCCAAUACCCUGCACCUUCCAACUGAACGAUUCUCUCCAGUUCGUCGUUUCUCAGAUGGUGCUGCUACCAUACAGGCAUUCAAAGCUCAUCUAGAGAAAAUGGAGAAAAGCACAAACACAAACAGUAGCAUAAAGCAGCUGCAGCAGGAAUGUGAACAUUUGCAAAAGAUAUAUGGAAAUGCAGUGGAUGAAAAAAUAUUUGAGAAGACUCAACAACAGCACAUUCUUUACCAACAAGAACAGCAACAACAAAUCCGACACCAACAGAUUCAGGAAUGUAUUCGGCCAGCUCAGCCUUCACCUCCAUUGUCAACAGCUUCAUUGGUACAACAUGUGGAAAACCAACCAGCAUUAAUAACUCAUCAGCUCCAAAGGUUACGAAUUCAACAUGAACAGUCAAGCCCCCCUCCAAAUCAUCCCAACAAUCAUCUCUUCAGCAAGUCUAAUAAUAGUCCUCCACCUGGCACCACAGCCAUCAUGCAGUCCAGCAGUUGUGCUGCCUCUCCAUCCCAGUUUCAAGGCAUACCAUCCCAACAUGCUCUGUUUCAACAGCCCAGUAAUAGCCCCCCUCCCCCAAACCUUAAUCUUCCUCGAAUGAAUUUACAGUCUGGAUUGUCACAGCAGUCGCAAACACAGCCAGUUACAAUUCAAGUCCAGGAACCUCCAGAUAUGCUCAGCAACAACUUGCUACAAGGUGCUGGGCAAAAUCUGCACACCACACGUCCCCGUGGAAUCAUCAGUUCAGGGAAUCAGAUUCCCCUUCAACAGAGAGGGUUGCACAUGCCAUCUCUUGGGCUUGGACAACACAGGGCCCUGGCAAAACAACUGAGUGCUGACAGUGCAGAGGUAAACAGUCGACCUAUUAGUCGGUUUUCUCCUUUGAGCUAUGACCAGACGCACUUGCACCCUCACCUUUUCCAGGAGCAGUUCCGAUUUUUAACUAACAACUUCAAUCCAGCAACAGCAAUGUUUUCCCAAGGCAUGAAAAUUGCACAGAUGGACUCACUUUCAAACUAUAACCAAAAUAUAGCUGGUAAAGCCGUCAUGCAGCACGAACAUCAACAACAAGAUUUCACAGCUUCAUCACUACAUCAGGCAUUGCUUUCUCCAACGCCAUCUGACUACACAAGACACCAGCAAGUUUCUCAGCAGUAUGGCCAUAUGAUUCAGGGACUGCUAUCACCCAGGCACUCUUUGACAGGCCAACAGGACCUGCGUUUACCUCCUGCUGAAAUGCCACAUUUUUUAAAACGUCACCAGCGGCAGCAACAACAGCAAGAAUAUGACUUGCUGAGGCACAUGAACCAAGGGGUGGGGGAUGCUGGAAAUAUGACUGCCAACUUGUGUGGGCAGCAACAGACUUUAUCAGAGCGACAGACAUUAAAUAUGCCUUAUCAGAGUACAGAAACGUAUCAUCAGCAUCGUCUGCUCCAGGUCAGAGGCCAAGAUCAUAUUCCACAGCCCCCUUCGUCAUCCCAAGGCCACAGUUUUGUACGUCAUCCCCCACUGAUGCAUUCGGAGAGUAUGGAAGAGGAUUGUGUGAAUGAGGGGAACAGGGAGGGGUAUCAGGACAAUACAGACUCAACUGACACAUCCACCAAAUGCUGCCAAGAGAAUCCAGUGCUGCUCAAUGCUAUUAGGUGUGGGGCUGCAGAGCCACUACUAGCAAAUAUAAAUCAUGUGCACAAAAUGGGUGUUUCACAGCCUUACAGUCACCAGGCAGUCCCUGGCUUUGCCGGAAGCAAAGUGCCAAGCAGAGAGUCCAUGACAGGGGAUCGAAUGGAUGGAAGGGCUCCCAUGCAGCCAAUGGAAGUAAAUGAUCACAACGGAAUUGGUUACACAAUAAGACAGUCAACUAGAACUCUCCAACGGCAUCACACCAUUCAGACAAGUGAUGAUGCUUAUGACCAGGCAGAACCUUCAGGGAUGAGUUUAUUAGCUGGAAAGGUGCUUAGCUCUGCUCGUAUGUCAGAUGUUCUUAGCCAGUCGUCACUCACGGGGAGUCAACAACUGCAGAACAGAGAGAGUGAAGAGCGUGAUGGAAGUUCGCAAAGUUCUGCCGAACCAAACCCAGGAGAGGGCUCAGCACAUUCAAACAGUUCUUGCUGCCCUGCCAAAUGCAUCACUGACAUCCUGAAAGAACUGAAUCCACCAUUUGACAACAAACUAUGUCCCUACAAACAUCCUGAUUUGGCCUUUGGAAUGGAGCAAGCAGGAGUGUAGCGGAUAGAGUGACGAGUGUGUUCAGCUUUGAGGUGAAAGGUCCAUUUUGCCAACAGUAUCUAUCAGCAUCAUGCCCAAACUUCAUUGUAUUUCUUUCCAGCACAAUAUCGUGACUCGUCCCCUGUCAGUUGAGUGGUUGCGCUACUUGCCACACCUGUCAGUACCAGUCAUGUGGAGAAGAGAAGACUGAAGUUUUCAAGAUUACAAAAGUGAAAGUGCAAACAGCCCUGGCUCCCAGGCAGUCUCGUAUGUCAAGCCCUCUCCUGACCUAAGCCUGCCGAAACAAAAACCCACCAAGCCCUGUGAUGUCACUUUAUCCAGGGAGAGUAACUGAGUAGUUCAGCAUGCGCCCUGAGGCCUAAUUUACUCUGUGAGCAAUAAGACUGCUUGCUGUCCCUCUGGUACUCCUCCAUUUUCAAUUUUUGCCUAACAGUGGUGCAAUAUGCUUUGUUUUUCAUGUUUCUUUACCCGUGUUGAUCACUGUGCUUUCUUUCUCUUGUUAAUAUCUGCGUCAUUUACCAAAAAAAAGUGUACGGCCAUUUCUUUUAAGGCAAGUUAGAUUUUAUGGUUUUUAUUUCCCAUCCAUGUAGAACCUGUUAUGUUACUUUACGAUAUGAAUUAAAUGAACUGUGUUUAAAAGGAAAUUGUCAAAAUAGAUGAUUUUGUUAUAUUUGAAUUGUAACUUGCACCUUUGUUAAAGUAUUUUUCCCUUUUUAUGGCAUUGUAAUUGUGACUUGUUUCCUUGUGCCAGGUGAAACUUGUUAAUGUUAACCCUUUGAAAUUUCACAGUGCGUAUUAUGUUUCUAUGUCUUUUUUUAUAUAAAAAAAACACCUAGAGCCUGCCAAAAAGACCAGGUUUUGGGCUACUUUCUGAACUCUAAAAUUUAUCAGAAAAAAAAUACAUUUAGAUUGAAAGAUUUAUCUGCUUCAAAAAGUGUAAGAGGCAGAACUUUGAAAGGAAUUUGCACGAAUGGAAAGAGAGACUACAGCUAACCCAGUCAAGCAGUGUUGAACUGUGAUUUUAGUAAUCAUGGUUUUUUAACAAAAACAGAAAAGUAGCUUGGGACAGAGAAUUUUUAGACCUGAUUGAAAAUUAAAAUAUCAUCCAUUUAUCUGCUUCUAAACUACAUAUCUGUCCAAUUUCUGUCAUUUGUAAAUUUUUUGUUACAUUUAUUUGAUGAAAAAAAAGUCAAAAACUUGAUAUUCAGCUGUUUAACGGGAAGGUACCAAGAAAACACUGAAAGCUUUUAUUGUAUGUAUCUUUUCUUUGUUUACAUGACACUGUAUUUAUGGGAGAGUCAACUGCCAAUCCAAGGAAAAAAAUCAGAACUGAAAUGCAGUGCCAUCUCUCAUCUGUAACACAUUUUUAAUGUUGCUUUGUAUUGUAGUAAUCAAUACGCAGUAUAUGUUGAAUGUAUAUUAAUAUACUUUGCUAUUUCUGUUUCGGAAAUGUUGAAAGUACCUUUUUCUUGUUUAUGUUGGACAAAAGGUUCAGUGAUCUAGUACAUUGUGUGGGUCACUUGCAACUAGUAAUUUAGUUGGAAAGUGGGAUCAUGACAAAUAAAACCUAUGUAAUUUGA